CAGGAAAUGCAGUUUAACACCCAGAGAAGCCUAAUGGAGAAGCUCCCCAGCAGAUGGUAACAAAAAAUAAUCCAGAUGGGGUGCAGGUGUUGUAAGAUGAUACAAAGCUAUCUCUUUGAUCCAGUUCAAGUGCCCUCCCCUGGUUUUGUCAAUGAAGUAAACAACUGCAAGUUGGAGGAAGACGACACUGUCAGACUAAAAGGCACCCAGAACAGUAAUGCUGAGGUGGCCAGGAAUGCCCUACACGGGGGGAGCCUGAGCAAGUCAGAGAGCAGAGGCAGUACAACUGGUCUACCUCGCCAAAGACCGCUCCCCCAGGAGGACUCAGAAGAGAGACCCUGUGUGGAGAAGCAUGGUGUUUUCAAUGGCAUCAGCCCCACUGCUACUCUGCAGUCUGUCAGGAGUCCCAGGCCCCACCAGGUUGACAAUGGCUCCUGGGCCAGCAGCCCCUGGGUAGCCACCAUAGACAGUGCUCACUCAGCUCAACCCUUCCUUGAAGGAGAAGACUACAGGAAGCAAAGCUGUAUACUGCCCACCUUGGAAGGGACCCAGAUGGUGGGACAUGGAGACUGCAGAGCCCCUGCCGAGGCCUUGGCAGUGGCAGAUCACAUACCAUACAUACCAGCCCCAGAUUACCCCCAGCUCUGGAGCCCCUCGGUAGACAAUGCAGACCCUGAAGAAAAGGAUUAUCUUUUUGAAAACCACUCUGAGGUGGAGCCCCUUCCGGAAAUUCACCCCAGGGUGAGCCAGCAGGGUUUGAGCAUGCCCUUCUCCCUGAAGAGAAGCUGGGACUCACUGAAUGAGGCAGGGACAACAGAAGCUCUGAGUGUCUACCUUAAAAAGGAGGAUCCCACUCACCCUACACCAGUGGCUGAUUCUGGAAAUGAGCGGGAAGACCCCCACACCUACAAUGGGGACAGGGAGGGUGUUGUGGCAGAUGAGGAUGCUGAGGUGGCAGAAGCCCUCGCAGCAUUAGAAGCUGCUACUGCAGGAGAAGAUGCAGAUGAUGCUGAUUAGGGGAGGGGUGAGGUGAGGCGAGUGAGCUGCAGUCACAGGGAGCAGAUAGAGAGAAGCAUGUGCCCACUCUGCCAGCAUGCCACGGCAGCCUUACCAGCUGCACCACUUGUUUACAUCUGUUAUCUUCCCAUUGCCAGUACCUGUGCCAUGCUGCUUGCUGUAUGUGGCAUCCCUCUACUCCGAAUGCAUUCAGAAUGCUACCAUCAAAAUAAGAGUGGACCUCCAUGUCCAUGUCCUCCACAAGUGCAGAAGUGAAGCAGCUUGCAUGCUGGCCCUGAAAGCACCCCCAGAACAUCUGUCCAGAUGUGCAUGAGAAUGCCAUGAUAUCCCCACACUUGAUCCCAGGGGCACACAAACAUGGCCAUUCUGUUUGAAUGUAUUUCUUUACCUUGUUUUUGAGAGCCAAAUACUUCACCCAACCUAGAAAGGGUAACUAUCCACUUAAAGUGCCUACUGUGUGCCAGAGCUUAACUUCAGGGACAGUCACCCAGGGAACUACUAACUAACCACUUGUUGAACAUCAGGUUAAGCUCAGUGCCCUUCAGGGUAGAGCAGACUCGACCAGUGAACAAAUGGUUAGUCCUCAGCUGUGCUAUGAGAACACCUUGACCUUAACUUUUUUUACACUAUUACCUUUUAAUCUCCUUCGGGAUACGGGAGGCUGGCCAGAAUACUUCUUAAAACUAGCAUCAUGUUUUAGGUUUGAGUUCCUGAGUGUUUUGGAACACCAUAGCCAUUUAUGGAGGGAUUUAUGUCAUUAAAUGUCUGGUUCUCAUUAAAGCACCACA